UACAAAGAACUAUUACUGUUGUCUGCUGCAGCAUGAUUUUGCUAAUCGUACAACAGCAUUACUAAUCGGAAUGUAAACACUGUCAAAAAUAAUUAAUUGUGUUCGUUUUUACCCAAAAAAGUUGAAAUGUCGCUGGAGGAUCCUUUUUUCGUCGUGAAGGAGGAGGUACACAAAGCAUUGCAGACAUCCAAGAACCUUUAUACACGCUGGUGCGAACUCUCCGACCAACCUAGCCUCGUUUCUGUAGAGGAAUAUAAUUGGACGACGAAUGAACUCAGAAACAGUCUACGCAGCAUAGAAUGGGAUCUUGAAGAUUUGGAGGAGACAGUUGGUAUUGUAGAGAAAAACCCUAAGAAGUUCCGGAUUGAAGAGUCAGAGCUGCGAGAGAGGAGAGACUUCAUUGAGAGGACCAAAAAUGCUGUUAAGGAGAUGAAAUCUCAAAUGACAGCACCCCAGAACAGACCUACAGAGGAGACUAAUGUUAGACAGACAUUACUAAACCCAAACAGUUCAGCGAAGGCGUACGAUAAGUAUGCACGCUUAGAUAUGGAAGCAGAAAGAUCUCACCAAAGUUUCAUUGACGAUACUUCACAACACCAACAGCUAAUAAUCAAGGGCCAAGAUGAGCAAUUAGAUAUGAUUGGGUCCAGUGUCGGUGUGCUGAAAAAUAUGAGCCACCAGAUCGGGAAUGAGUUGGAAGAACAGAAUAGAAUGCUGGAUGACUUUGGCCAUGAGAUGGACGUUACAGAGUCUCGAAUGGAUAAUGUGAUGAAGAAAAUGGCCAAGGUUCUACACAUGUCUUCAGAUAAACGACAGUGUUGUGCCAUCGGAGUGCUUCUGUUGAUACUUUUAAUAGUGAUAAUACUCUUGGUAGUGUUAUGACCCAUUUUAUUUUGUUAUAAAACUACCGUAUACUAGCACUGCGUAGAUAUUGUAAUUUGUGAUGCACCAAUUUUCUUGUCAUCCUAGGCCUAGAUAUAUUUUUAAUUAGAUAGUAUAAUACAGGAGACAUUAUGAGGUGAAAAUCAAAUCUUCUUAUGCUUUGUUUAGUGUAAUUAACACAUGGUCUUUUUCUCCUCUGGCACAAGUGGAAUUGAUAGGCGCAGUUUAAUUGUCUUAAAUGCUUAUAGCUUAUGGCUUAUAGUGUCUUUAUCUUACUGAUGUCCAUUUUGAUAGGCCUUGAGAAAUUUGGAUUUAUAAUAAGUACUUAGUGUCAAAUAGAAUGAUGUGAAGGGAGCAACUUCAAAUCCUAUUACAGUUCAUGUCUGUCUUGCUUCAGCAUGAUUUUGAAUACAGAAGUUGUGAUUAUUUGACCAAUGACUACUUCAAGAUGUCUGGCAUAAUCAUAUUUUAUCACAUAUGUAUGAAUAUAUACUUUAUGGUUAAUUUGAUUUGAACUCGAGGUCACAAAAUUGCCAAAUUUAUCUGCUGUUAGAAUUGUUUUUGUAUUUACUCACACUUGAUUGUUAUGUUUGUAAUGUUGUGCAACGCCCAUGUAGAUCAUGUUCACCAAUGAUUUAAAAAGUUAAAUUUGAUGUACAUGUUUGUCCUUUGACAAACUUUUGUCUGUGCAUCUUUGUUGGGUCCAUUAUUGACUUUUUCGUUGGUUGUUCUUUUGCCAUGUUAGAUUUUUGAAGGAAAUAGUCGUUAUCCUUAUUUUGGAGAAGAAAAGUCAACGUAUUGGGAUAUUCUUUGCCUUGUUAUUGGCAACAUAAGGAGCAGCCUGGUCAUGCAAACACUUUAAUCUUUUUCAUAUCUCAAAUACGUCUUCAAGAUAUUCUCAUGGAAGCUUGUACACUUCUUUAUACAGACAAAACAUAAUUUGUUUAGCAAGGCCCAUAACUCCGGUUUAAUUUGACUGUCACAAGAGUUGUCUUGUCUUGAAUGAUACAAAACCUAGACAUUAAAGCACUCAAAAUACAACAAGACCAUGUUUCUUGGUGUUGUAAAUAACAGACUGACUGAAUUGAAGGUGUAAAUCUUUUCUUUAAUAUUUUUGUGAAGCGUUGUAUGCAGAUUUUCAUAAUGUGAUUUUUUAUGUAUUUUAUGUGAAGUCAUUUCAACAUUAUUUAUGAUUACUACUUCUUUACAAUAUUUUACAAUGUUGAACACAAUUAUGUGAUUGUAAAAAGUAAUAAAACUAGCAAAUCUCA